AUGAAACUGCUCCUCUUUGCUUCGUUACUGUUGCUUUCCGUUCUUUUUGCUGAAGGAAAUAUCACUCCACAUCAUCGCUUCAAACGUGGCCAACAUCCGUUUGAUAACAGUAUUGAUACCGGGACAACAGUUAUAAAUCGCGAAGUGACAAAUGUGGAACAACCGGAAGUGGUUCAAAAAGUGAUCCGUCAUGGAACGGUUGAAAUGGGAAAUCCUGUUGUGUUCCGAAAAUACAUUACUUACGAUGGGGGUGAUGUCGAUGCAAGCAAGAUCAUUAGCAGCGCUGGCGGUAACCUUGAUUUAAGCAGUAUGAAUCUCGGCACCGGCUACAAAGUUAUACGGGGAAAACCGAUUGUGCAUAGGUGUGGUUUUCAGAUGAGCAACAUGGGUGGUUCAUCAAUGUUCCAAAUGUGUAAGUUAUUUGUGUUUUUAUCAUAUAUUAAAAAGAAAAAAGAUUUUGUAUGGUGCAGAAUUAUUGAACCAGUAACAGAUGUACUUCACAUGAUUUACUAAGC